AUGUUUGUUAAUAAAGAAGAUAAUUCUAAUGAAUUGAGUGAUAGUGUUAAAUCUAAUGAAUCUUUACAGAAAUAUAAUUAUGAUGAGAAGAAUUUGCGUGAAGAAAAAAAUUUAAAGAAAAUUAAAAAGAUAACGUUUAAAGAAGAACCAGAAAUUAAAUUGAUACCACUAGUUAAGAAAAUAGAAAAAGAAGAUUUUAAAAUCAACAAUUUAGUCAUUACACUUUCAAAUACGAAUAAAAUGAAAAUUAAGAAUGCUAAAAACUACAAGUCAAUGAUAAUUAAAGAUAAUAAAGUUAUUGAUUUAAGAUAUAAUACUAAAUUGGAAUUAGAACAAGACUUGCAUUUGAUGAAAUUAAAGAAUGAAAGAGUAUAUCAAGAAAACAAAUACAAGAUUGAUUAUUUAAGUUAUAAAACAACAGAAGAGUCUUUAAGAAAACUUUUUUCUAAAUACGGGAAUAUUAAAUCUAUUAACAUAGAUAGAAAUAAGAGUGGUUAUUGUAGAGGAAGUGCAGUAAUAACAUUUUAUUCGAAUAUUAAUUUAAAAAAUAGCAUGCAUUUUGAAGGAAAGAAUAUAAAAGUCUCUAAACUUAAAAUAUUUGAUAAGAAACCAGUUAAAAUUACUAUAAAAGGAAUUAACAAAAAUAUUAAAAUUAGUGAUUUGAGAGUUUUUGUUAAAGAUUUUAAUAUGAAAAGUAAGAAUAUAAACUUAAAAAAUAAUUCUCAUAGUGAAAAAAAAAUUGCAACUAUUUUCUUUAAGAAUUCUAAAGAUGCUCAAUAUUUUAAUGAUAAUUUCUAUAGAAUUUCUAAAAAAUCCAAUGUUUUAUUAGGAAAUAACGUUAAUUUGGUUUUUAAAUAA